AUGGAGGACAAAAGUAAUAGUACUGAAGCUGGAGCAGCUACUUCGUCUAAAAAUGUUGAUAAUGAAUCGUUUAAUAAGGAUUUGCAUGGGCAUGAUUCUCAUCCUGACAAUGUUGAUGCAAACAAGGAGAAAUCGAAUGAAUACUUGCAUGGUGAGAAAAAGACUAGUGGGUCGUAUGCAGCUGCAAUGAAGAAGAAUGAGACUGUUAAAAAGGUAAAUUUUCGUUUGAUCGAUGUGGAAUCUGUUACAGAAGGUGUCGAUUUAUUGAUCCCUCUUGCUUCUGUUAUUGAGUUCGAGUCAAAGGAAGGAAUGCUUCAAGUUUUAGAAAAAGGACCAUGGAUGAUACAGUCUAUACCAAUAUUCCUAAAUGAAUGGACUCCUAAUAUUUCACUGGCUAAAGUGGACAUGACCAAUGUUCCGGUGUGGGUUAAAUUGUAUGAUGUUCCAUUGGCAGCUUAUACGGAGGAUGGUCUAAGCAUGUUGGCAUCCAAAUUGGGUCGAGCAAUUUUACUUGAUACUUAUACUAGUCAUAUGUGUGUGAACUCUUGGGGUAGGCACUCGUAUGCAAGGGCGUUGAUUGAAAUUGAUGCUACACGAGGUUUUAAAGAGAACUUGGUAAUUGGCAUUCCUAAUGUAAAUGGGGAGGGAUUUUCCAAGGAAACGGUGUCCAUUGAAUAUGAAUGGCGACCACCACAUUGCACUCAUUGUAAAGUUUUUGGCCACAAGGAUAAUAACUGCCCGAUGCAAGUUAAGGUGGUUUCUGAAAAUCAAAAGGAGGAUGAUUUUAUCGAGGUUAGUAGGGAGAAGAAGAGAAAUAGUGGAAAGCAAGCUCCUAGUAAACCUGUCUCUAAUUCAUCGACUUCCUCUAAAAAUCCAUCAAAUGCUGAAGUUAGUACGAGUAAUCCUUACUCGGUGUUAGAUGAGUUUGGUGAUAAGGAACUUUCAAUGGAUGGUUUCAAAAUGCAGAAUUCUGAAAAGUUGAAGAACAAUGCUCGGGAUUCGAAUAUUUCAUUUGGUAGUGAUGAUGAUGAAGUGGAAGACGUGUAUGAUGAGUAUGCGGAUUUUGUUAAGAACAAUAUAGGGGCAAGCACUCCUAAACAGCCGAGCCUAUGUUCUAAGGUGUUUCCUAGAUGGAAUUGGGCUUCAAACGCUAGUUCUUGUGUUAAAGCACCUCGUAUUAUUUUGGGAUGGGAUAUUAAUGUUGUUGAUAUUAUAAUUGUAUCUCAAACUGAUCAGGUUUUACACACCCAGAUUAUUUUCAAGGAUGAAAAGAAGGUUCUGUUGUGUUCUUUUGUUUAUGCCCACAAUCGUUAUUCUCAAAGGCGUGAGCUGUGGCGUAAUCUGGAUAUGCAUAAGGUUUAUGUCCAUAAUAAUGCAUGGUAUAUUUUAGGCGAUUUUAAUGCAGCUUUAAACUUGGAAGACAAAUCUUUUGGAAGCUCUAAUGUGGAUAUUGCCAUGAGGGAAUUUAAAGAUUGUGUUGAUGCGAUUGAGGUAUCUGAUGUUAAUACGGCUGGUUUACACUUUACCUGGAAUCAGAAACCACAAGGUAGUGAUGGUUUGCUUAAAAAGAUUGAUCGUAUUAUGGCUAAUGAUAAAUUUCUGGAUAGUUUUAUGGGUGCUGUGGCUGUCUUCCAACCUUAUAGAAUAUCUGAUCAUUCUCCGGCUAUUUUGCGUUUGCCAAGGAAAGUUAAGUUUGUGCCUCGGCCGUUUAAGUUUUCCAAUGUUCUUAUUCAGGAUCCAGGAUUUAGCCAAGUGGUUGCUUCGGCUUGGACAACUGACGUGCAAGGAUUCCAAAUGUAUUGUGUGGUAAAGAUGCUAAAAAGUUUGAAGAAACCUUUACGUAAACUUCUGUAUGAUAAAGGAAAUCUGUAUCGUAAGGUAGAACUGUGUAGAAAGGAUUUGGAUGAGGUGCAAAAGUUGCUUGAUUCGGAUCCAUUUAAUUCUGUGAUUAGGGAGGACCAUGCUACCUGCCUUAAUGCCUUUAAUGAAGCACUUCUGGAUGAGGAACGGUUUUUGAAACAGAAAGCUAAGGUUGUCAAAGGGAAAACAGCUUGUAAUAGGAUUGAUACGAUUUCUGACUCUAAUGGAAGGCUUCUUGAUGGUGAUGAUGUAAAGAAUGCUUUUAUCGCGCAUUAUACCCAAUUUUUGGGUCAAAGUGCGCCGGUUUCAAGACUAAAUUCUCUACAUUUAUUCGAUAACAGAUUAUCUCAGGAGCAAGCUUUGCUAAUGAUUUCUGAGGUCACUGAUGAAGAAGUGAAAAGUGCCAUGUUUUAUAUGGGAGAUGAUAAAUCUCCAGGAGACCGGAUGGAUUUUCAGCUAAUAAAGAAUUCUUUGAAGGAUUUGGUUAGUGAUAAUCAACUAGCGUUUGUACCGGGCAGAAGGAUUACUGAUAAUAUCCUUUUAACUCAAGAGUUGAUGCACAAUUAUCAUCUCGACCGGGGUCCCCCUCGAUGCGCUCUCAAAGUCGAUAUUCAAAAGGCAUAUGAUACGGUGUCUCUUAAUGGUACUACUCAUGGCUAUUUUCAAGGUAAGAGAGGUCUUCGGCAGGGUGACCCUCUGUCUCCGUAUUUAUUUACUUUGGUUAUGGAAGUUUUGAAUUUGAUUCUGAAGAGACAGGUUCGAAACUCUAAUGGAUUUAACUAUCAUCGACAGUGUGAUAAACAGAAGAUCAUUAAUCUUUGUUUUGCGGAUGAUUUGUUUAUCUUCUUGCAUGGAGAUGUCGAAUCAGCAAGGGUUGUAAGUAGAGCUUUGAAUGAGUUUAAACAAGUGUCGGGCUUGGCACCCAGUCUCCCAAAGAGCACUGCAUUUUUCUGCAAUGUUCUUAAUCAUGUAAAGGUUGCUAUUCUAAAUGUUUUACCUUUUGAUGAAGGCACUUUACCGGUUAAGUACUUGGGUGUCCCUUUGGUGUCUUCAAGACUGCGAUAUCGUGAGUGUAGGGGGCUGUUGGAAAGAGUGCAACAACGUAUUAAUGAUUGGAAGAACAGAUUUUUAUCAUUUGCAGGUCGCCUUCAGCUGAUCAACUCUGUUAUUGCUUCUAUGCAUGUGUAUUGGUCUUCGGCUGUCAUUCUUCCCUCUCAAGUUAUCCACGAAAUUGAACAAAUGAUGAGAAAUUUCCUAUGGAGUAGUGGUGAAUAUAAACGGGGUCAGUCCAAAGUUGCUUGGGAGGUUGUGUGUCUUCCAAAGACUGAAGGAGGAUUAGGUAUACUAUGUAUUGAAGCUUUCAAUAAUGCUCUAAUUUCGGUCCAUAUAAGGAAUAUUGUAGCUCAUAAGGAAUCUCUUUGGGUUCGGUGGAUUCAUUCUUACAAGUUAAAAGGACGAUCGAUAUGGGAUGUGCCUGCUCGUGGCUCCUUGUCUUGGAGCUGGCGGAAGAUACUACAGGUGAGAUGGUUAAUUCGUAAACAUUUGUGGUUUGUUCUUGGUAACGGCAUGACUGCUUCGGCAUGGUAUGAUUCCUGGAGUUCUCUGUGUCCUCUUUCAGAUCAUUUAUCUCCUAGGAUGAUCACUAGUGCUGGAUUUUCUCUCAAUGACAAGAUUCCUGUUUUGAAUACUUUGGAAUUGGAUCGACUUAUGUGGAAAGAUUCUAACCAAAAUCUGCUGGAUUUUUCGGUCAAUGUGGUGUGGGAGGAUCUACGUCCUCAAGCUGCUGUAGUGGAUUGGUUCCCGAUUGUUUGGUUUAAUCAGAAUGUACCGAAGCAUGAUUUUAUCUUAUGGCUGAUUUAUAAACAAAAGUUGAAGACUCAAGACAUUAUGGCACAUUGGGAUGUGAAUAGAUCUCUUUCUCUUUGCUGCUCAUUGUGCGAGCUACAACCGGAUUCUCAUAACCACCUGUUUUUUGAAUGCCCUUUGUCUUCAAAGGUUUGGAAUUCUGUCAAGUCUAGAGCGGAGUUGAAUAAUGUUGCUCCAGAUUGGAUGUCUAUUGUUGCUGCAAUUCUUCCUAUAGCAAGCAAGUCCUUUGUGCAAAGCGUUGUUGCAAAACUUGUUUUGGCUGCAUCUACAUACUUUAUAUGGGAUGAACGCAAUGCAAGAUUAUUUCGUCAACAAAAAAGAACGAGGGAUCAAUUAAUUGGUGCUAUUGUUGAGACAGUAAGGCUCAAACUCCUUACGUGCAGAUUCAAGAGGACAAGGCGUGUUGAGCGGUUCUUAACAGCUUGGGAUUAA